CCACUGUAGUAAACAUGAUAAUAGUUUUUAACUGCGUAAUUUGCUUUCUAGGUGAACAUGAUUCGCGCUGUAUUAUUAUGCUCACUGCUCUGCCUAGUUCGAGGAUCUCCAGCUGGAUCCUUGAAGUCUAAACUUGACUUUCAAGGCAAGAUUGUUGGAGGACAGGAGGCUGAACCUCAUGCGUAUCCCUGGCAGAUAUCCCUACAGUACCAUGAUUUUAUCAUUGGUGCCUAUUACCAUACCUGUGGUGCCACUAUCGUAGAUGAAUACCAUAUUGUUUGCGCCGCUCAUUGCAUAGAUGGAAGGAAGGCAAACAAUUUCAAGGUUAUUGCGGGAGCUCACAAUAUUGGAACCUUUGCUGGAGAAGAUGGACAUCAAGUUAGAAAGGUUGUUGAUAUGUGGAAACAUGAGUCCUAUGAUUCCAAUAUCAUCACCAAUGAUGUCUCUCUACUCAGACUUGAUGAACCAUUGGAGUUUAAUGAUAUCAUCCAACCCCUGAGAAUGGCUGAGAAAGGAGUUGAACCAGAAGAAGGUGUAGUCUGUAUUAACUCUGGAUGGGGAUCUAUCUCUGACACCAGUAUUGCCAACAUGCCUAACAAACUACAGUUUGUUGACCUGCCUAUUGUUGGACGUGAAACAUGCCAGGAUAACUAUAAUGGAAUCAAUGGCGUAGAUGAAGGUAUGGUCUGUGGUGGACAAUCUGCAGGAGGAAUAUCCCCCUGCUCCGGAGACUCUGGUGGACCCCUUGCCUGCCCUGAUCAGGAUGGUUAUUAUCUUGCAGGUAUUGUAUCCUGGGGUAUGAUCCCCUGCGGUCAACCUAACUACCCUGGAGUAUUCACUAAUGUUGGGUUCUACAGAGAUUGGAUAGAUGAACAUAUGAGCAUGUAGUUGAUAUUUAGUUUAUAAUUGAAACAAAAUAUUUAGUUCUAUUAGUUUA